GCCGAGAGAUGGACGAGAAGAUACACUGAGCCUGGUACACUCAGUGGGGGCACAGCUGCCAGUGUAGAACAGACAGGAGCUUGCUCUAUCCUUCACUGAUAUCAAGCAUCAUCACAGCCUGUGGACUGAGGACUGGCAUUAGGCAGCGAGACAUAGGCACCAGGGACAGCACCGGCACAGCUGGCACAUCAGACCUGGGUAUACGCAUCGCAUAUUGUACCGGAAUCUUACAGAGUAUCAGACUGUGCCCAACCUCCGUCACCUGGCAGAGGCCCCUGGGAUCGUCUGCUGGAGACAUACCCGGCCACAUAAUACUACACUGUAAGAAAGCAGGGGAACGAGAAAAAGCCAAAGAGAUGGAAGUGAGUGAAGGAUGCAGAGAAGCACUGAGUUAAGGAGGAGGCACUGAGAGGAGUGAGGGGGGAGCAGGGAGCGAGAGGCUGGGGAAGGAGGGAGAAGGGAUCCAGAGCCGAGAGAUGGAGGAGAAGAUACACUGAGCCUGGUACACAUACAAUGCACUAGCUCUAUGCGGUAGAGAAGGACCUGUCCCCUGCACACGUCCUCUCCUCACACCCCGAGCACAUCCCGACACAAGGAGGCAGCUGGAAGCCACAGGAAUAAACUUAUCCAGGGAGAUGUGACAGAGAAAAGCACAGGAAGACCCCCAGAUCAUGGGACAUCCCAGGCGGCAGGAUAAAGCCUCCCCCUUUAUAAAGUACUGCUAACAGCGACCAGAUAGCAGCCUGCUGCAAUACUCUACCCUGUAAAAGAAUGUCAAUGAAGAAAUGGAUUAAAAUGGAAGGCAUCUGUUAUACUUUGUGAUUCGAUCAAAUUUAAAACGGAAGCCCAAAGUCAGGGGCCCAUGUCAUAGGAUGAACACUGCUUGUCCCCUCUUACUAUCUGUGAUAUCGUCUCUUGUCUUGUGCUCUUGGGGUUCUCACCCCACACCGAGCACAUGCUCGGCUUUGGCUUCUGGAGUUCUGUACGGAGCCUUUUCUCUUAAGGACCUAUUUCCUGUUUUCUCCCCUGGCUGCUCUUGGACCCUGGAAAAUCCAGACCCAACAAAAUACACAUUGUACCUGAAGUUCACACACGAGGAGCAAGUGUGCUCUCAUUUAUCCCCCAUGGUGCAACCUUUGGAUCAUUAUCUUCCCAACCACACUUGCAACCAUCCUGAAGAGGGAGCAGAAGAAGCUCGUGAACUUUGUAUAUCUGGAUCACCUUUUACUUUCUCUCAUUUUGACAAAAAUUUCCUUCGGAUAUGUUUGUCUGAGCAACCCCUGUCCAUUCAGCUACUACCUGACUCUAUCUUGAGUUUUCGCUUUGUGGAGGUGCUCUUAGUCAACCACGAUAACUCUAGUCAGUUUGCCUGUGGAGUACUAUGCCGAUGGUUUGAGGAGUGCUUAAGAGCUCGUGACUGGGGUGUACUUUGUGGAUUGACACAGACUGGCUGUACCUGCCCUGAAACAGCAGCCCGUGGACGAAACGAUUCAGUCUCCAAUUCCAUCAUUCCUGCAGGACAUAAUAGUGACUGCUGCGUUACACAACUACUCCCUGGAAGCAGCAACGAGGCCCAAUACCCCCGCCCAAUACCUUAUGGUGAAGAUGAACAGGAAGAGAAUCAGAAGGUCAAAACCCAGAGGCCACGAUCUGCAGAUGAGCCUGCUAUCUACAUGGCACAGACAGGAGACCCUGCUGCUGAAGGAUGGUCACAAUGGGGAGUUUGCUCGAUAACAUGUGGUCAAGGCACUCAAGUACGCACCCGCUCCUGUGUAUCUUCUCCUUAUGGGACACUGUGCAGCGGUCCAUUGAGAGAAACACGGACUUGCAACAACACAGCUACUUGCCCUGUGGAAGGGAUAUGGCUGGAUUGGGGCCCAUGGGGAAGAUGCUCGGUAACAUGUUCCAAUGGAACUCAACAGAGGACAAGAAAGUGCGGCAGCCAGGCUGGAGGAGAGUGCAGAGGGCAACAAACAGACACCAGGGAUUGCCCCAACCUUGAAUGCCCAGGGGAUGGAAAAUGGGGCCCGUGGAAUCAUUGGAGCUUGUGCUCCAAAACAUGUGACAGUGGCUGGCAGCGUCGCUACCGGAUGUGUCAGGGAACAGGAUUGCAAGGAUAUCCGUGCGAGGGCUCCGGGGACGAGGUCAGGACGUGCAAUGAAAAGAAAUGCCCAGCGUUACAUGAAAUGUGCAAAGAUGAGUAUGUCUUAUCCAUGACCUGGAAGAAAGCAGCUGCAGGCGAAAUCGUGUACAACAAGUGUCCUCCAAAUGCCACAGGAUCGGCUAGUCGUCGCUGUCUGAUCAGUCCCCAGGGUGUCGCCUACUGGAGCUCACCGAGUUUUGCCCGUUGUGUUUCGCAUGACUACAGACAUCUUCACCUUGCACUCCGCGAACACUUGGCAAAAGGUCAGCGCCUAUUAGCGGGUCAAGGGAUGACACAGGUAGUACGGAGCAUGUUGGAAUUGGUAUCAGCUAAGAACUACUACAGUGGAGACCUUCUGUUCUGUGUUGAGAUCUUGCGCAAUGUAACUGAUACAUACAAGAGAGCCACUUAUAUACCCUCCUUUGAGGACAUACAGAAGUUUUUCCAUGCUGUCAGCCACAUCCUGGAUGCAGAUAAUAGAGAGAAGUGGGAGGACGCUCAGCAGGUGGCCCCAGGCUCAGUUCUCCUUAUGAAGGUGCUUGAAGAUUACAUCCACCUGGUUGGAGAUGCGCUAAAGCCUUUCCAGAGUUCCAUUAUUGUCACCGAGAAUCUGGUUAUUAGUAUCCAGAGGGAACCUGUCUCAGCGGUUUCCAGUGAUAUUAACUUCCCCAUGAAAGGUCGUCGCGGGAUGAAUGACUGGGCUAGAAACUCUGAGGAUAAACUUUUCAUUCCCAAAGAAGUUCUCUCUUUGCCCCAAGCAGAGACGGAGGACUCUGCGUACUUUGUGAUAGGUGCAGUGCUUUACCGUACUCUCGGGCUCAUCUUACCUCCUCCAAGUAAUUCCCUAGCUGUCAGUUCAAAGGUUCUGACUGUCACUGUCCGUCCUCUCACCAAACCUGUAGAGCAGCUAGUGGUGGUAGAGUUAUCACAUAUAAUCAAUGGCACAUCAAGUCCCCAGUGCGCUGUAUGGGAUUACUCUAAAAGUGAUGUAUCCAGUGGAACCUGGGACACUGAAAGCUGCCAGACCCUACCAACCCAUCCAUCUCACACCAAAUGCCUUUGCAACCAGCUUUCCACCUUUGCAGUCUUGGCACAACUUCCCAAGGAGUUGGUAAUGGAUAUCUCUGGUUCUCCGUCGGUCCCUUUGAUGAUUGGCUGUGCUGUAUCCUGCAUGGCUUUGCUCAUUCUUCUUGCUGUUUACGCAGCAUUUUGGAGAUUCAUUCGUUCUGAGCGUUCAAUCAUCCUACUCAAUUUCUGUUUGUCCAUUCUUGCUUCUAAUGUUCUGAUUCUGGUUGGACAAUCACAAGCCCUCAGCAAAGCUGUUUGUGCUUUGAUCGCUGCUUUUUUGCACUUUUUCUUUCUUUCCUCUUUUUGUUGGGUGCUAACAGAGGCUUGGCAGUCCUACCUGGCUGUCAUUGGGCAAAUGAGGACACGUCUGGUCCGUAAGCGUUUUUUGUGCCUGGGAUGGGGGUUACCAGCACUUGUGGUUGCAGUUUCUGUUGGCUUUACGAGAACAAAGGGAUACGGGACGCCCCAUUACUGCUGGCUGUCUCUGGAAGGGGGGCUUCUCUAUGCCUUUGUGGGACCAGCAGCAGUCAUUGUUCUGGUGAACAUGCUCAUUGGCAUAAUUGUCUUCAACAAACUAAUGUCUCGGGACGGUAUCUCAGACAAAUCCAAAAAGCAGAGAGCAGGAAUUGAGAUAUCCUGCAGGAACCUGGCGCUGAUAUGUUCCACUUGCGGAGUGCUGCCCAGUGCAAAUCUAUCCGCAGCUACUGCCAGCAAUGCCGUGGCAUCUCUCUGGAGCUCCUGCGUGGUCCUUCCUCUGCUCGCCCUCACGUGGAUGUCUGCAGUUUUGGCUAUGACUGACCGCAGAUCCAUCCUCUUCCAAGUCCUGUUUGCGGUAUUCAAUUCUGUUCAAGGCUGUGUGAUCAUUACAGUACAUUGCUUCCUGCGCCGGGAGGUACAAGAAGUAGUAAAAUGCCAAAUGGGUGGGUGCCGUAGUGAUGAAAAUGAAGAUUCUCCAAACUCCUGCAAGAAUGGUCAACUCCAGAUCAUGUCAGAAUUUGAAAAGGAUGUUGACCUGGCUUGUCAGUCUGAUGAGAAAGGAUCAUGGUACACAGCACACGGGGAAACUGUUCUCUUCAAGGAACUAAACACAUGCCACCCUUCCAGUGUGACUGGAGCCCUAUCGAGAAUAUCUUUAGAUGAUGAAGAUGACUUAAAGCUGCACAAAGUUGGUGAUGGGCUCAGCUUCUCCCACCUUCCUGGGAACCUCUCCUCUCCAGGAGGAAUUCUUUUGCAGGUGCCCAAAAUAACUCACAAUCAAGUCAAUGAGCUUAAUGAACCCCUUCCCAAAAAAGAAAUUAAUUUGGAGCGUGGCCCCCUUUAUUUGUGUCCAGAGGGAAAUUUGUGGCCUUUAGACUUUGGGGAUGUUCCUCAGGAGCCAUCACUGGAAAGUGAGUAUAUGGUUCUCCCCAGACGGACUUUGAGUCUCAAACCUUUUAACCGGGACCAAGGAAAAUUCAACAUGAAGCUUUCCGAAUUGGGAAAAGGUCGCCAACAAAGUGAGACGGAUAGUUACCCUAAUUUCCUGUCAGUGGACCACAUUAACGUGAAUCUCACCCCACCCUAUGUUCCAGCACAGCAUCAGUAUGGAUUACCAUUUAAACAACCACCCUCUGUCCGCCAGAUCCUGGCAUCAGAGAUGAAUGAGCGGAGUCGUACAAUGCCUCGCACGGUGCCUGGUCCAUCUAUGAGUGCUGGGUCUCUAGAGAAACCACACCAACCUGUCCCUGUCUUUCUCCCUCAGCGGAAGCGGUUGAGAUACUCAGAUUUGGACUUUGAGAAAGUGAUGCACACAAGAAAGAGACAUUCAGAGCUUUAUCAUGAAUUGAACCGCAAGUUCCACACUUUGGAAAGGUAUCGGGAUGCCAGUGCAAAGAGAGACAAACGUUGGAGCAUAUCCUCAGGAGGAGCCGUGGAAAGAACCUCAGCUAGCGAGAAGACAAGUCCGGCUGGCCCUCAUCAAAAGGUUUGGGAUAGCUAUAGAGCACGUUCUUCUCAGAUCCAUGACCGAUUGGGCCUGCGUUGUGUGGAUUGGGAUCAGCCUCCACGUGUAUCUAUGGAUAUGUCAGAUGGGGACUAUCAGACUGAAGUAUAAGGCAAUCUUCCCUUUUACCUAUUAAUUUUAUUAACCUCUUCAUUACCUGACACACUGGAGAAACAGUCACAAGGUGUGUUUGGUCUGCGCCCACAGAGGAUUACACUUGGAGUACUCACUGGAAAUGUACCUGAAUGUAUGCCAAAUAAGACAACAAAGUCAGAAGUUAUGAUGCCAACGAAUGAAAUGGUGAUGGCCAAUGGACUGAGAAACUCUCUGGAGAUGCAUCUCUCUGAUUUCAGGAUAAUACGUCCAGGAACAGUUUUUCACUUUAUUGUAAGGAGGUUCCAGGCAGCAAGAGGUUGUCUGUUCUCUUUAUAAACACACAUAUGUUGUUCUGUCACACAACUUCCUCUGUCCUGCUUCCUGGGCAUUGCUUGUCAAGUGACCACUUUCUUCCAGUUUUAUUGCCUCCCCCCUCUACUCUGCCUCCCGCCAUAUUCAGGCAGGGGAGAUGGCCAUAACCUUGCUUGAUGGACAUCUAAAAAAGGUCAGCCAAACUGGACUGGACUGGCCUAUCGUGCUCCAUGCAGAGGUUACUGAACUACAGGGCAGGGAGAAAGGGGGUCAGGUGGCACUGGGUUUUAAAAAUGCCUAGAAUUUGUUUAAAAAGGAGAAAAAAAAAUAAAAAAAAAUCUUUUGAAACGUGA